AUGCGAAUUGUGUUAUUGUUCCAGAGGAAAUUGAUUGAUGUCCAUGCUAAUGCUAAUGCUAAUGCUAAUGCUCAUGUCAUGGCACUAAUUAGUACAGCUACUUGCAGUGCAGUGCAAGUCGAGUCGAGUCAAGUUCAAGCCAAACCAAAAGUUCAAAAUGGCAUAACUGAUUUUCCGCCACCAAGACCAAGACCAAGACGGAAAAAAAAACAGAUGAUGCACCAAAAAAACGAUCGUCAAGUCUCUCCUACUAAAUCGUCGAGUUUGCAUACUACAUGGGUACUACUCGUUUUCCGUGGUGGCGGGGGCACCAUGUCCUCAUGCUCAUUGUCACAUGCACACACAUGCACAUGUGCACAUGCCAAGUCACCGCCACUGGUGGCCAGCUCCGACGACGACGACGCCGCCGCCGCCGCCGCCGACAAGGCCGGGCUCAGGCCGACGCCUCACAAGCGGUGUCGAGGUGGGUAG